AGUGCUAGGUUCUUUUGUCUCUAACUUUACACGGUUUGUUUAUAAUGAAAGUCCUCGGUUUUCCCUUUUAAAGUCUUUGAUUCAUUUCGUCCAAACCAAUAGAACCUUUGUAACCGGAUGAAACCGACUGGAUGAACUUUGUUCUGUUCACAUUCUGUGUCUGUUUUACUCCCGAUUUAUCUCUUAUUAGCGCAGUGAUGCUAACGUUAGCUUAGCUCACUAGCUGCUAACAGACCUGUCAGUGUGUGAUGGAGACAAACUGUAUUUCUGACGGAGUUUGUUUGGAGAAAAAGUGAAAAAUGUCCAAAAACGUCCAGAUUCUGAGAUCGUUGGUGGAGCAGAGACUAACUGCAGCUGCUGAAGAGAUAUUUGGGCUGUUUGAAAGAACCAUAGCAGAGUACGAGGAGGAACUUUGUCGAACUAAAGAAGAAAACCAGAGACAAAAACAAAUACUGGACACAGUUUUAUUACAUACAUCAGUGGGUUCCGCAGAUGCCGAUCAGCAGACAGCGGUUAAAGAAGAGGUUCCUCCUAAGCAGAAGGAGUGGAGCCCCAGUGUGGACCUGGACCAGGACCAGGACCAGGAGGACCCAGAAGUCCACCAUAUUAAAGAGGAACAGGAGGAGCUGUGGACCAAUCAGGAGGCUGUUAUCACAAAGUUCCCAUCCACCUCUGUCCCUUUGAAGAGUGAAGAUGAAGAGAAAGCUCAGUCCUCACAGCUUCAUCAAAAACAAACUGAGAAGAACCGAGAAGAAACUAAUGUAGAGGACUGUGGAGGAUCAGAACCAGCCAAUAGCUUUUAUCCAAGCAGUCACUUGCAAGCAUAUUUUGAUGACCAGACUGAAGAAUCUGAGGACACAGUGGACACUGAUGAAGAAUGGACACCGAGCAGGAGGCCUCAGCCAGAUUUUUCCAAACGGGCAAAGUCUCCAGGCAGUAGUUCAAGACAGAGGCUUGUCAGUUCUUCUGAAUUUGGUGAAAAUAGGACACAGGUUACCAACACACCUAGAAACAUAAUGAAAAAUAAUGACUUCAUUGUAAUUGAUAUGGGAGGUAAAACAAAACGAUACCAGUGCUCGGUGUGUGGUAAAACAUUUGAUAGAAUGCCAUAUCUGCAAAUCCACAUGAGAGUUCAUACAGGAGAAAAACCUUUUAGUUGCUCAGUUUGUGGUAAAAGAUUUGCUGUAAAGUCAAACUUAAUUCCUCACAUGAAAAUCCACACAGGAGAAAAACCAUUUUGUUGUACAGUUUGUGGUAACAAAUUUACCCAGAAGUCGCACUUAGCUGAUCAUAUGAAACGCCACACAGGAGAAAAACCUUUCAGCUGUUCAAUUUGUCACAAACGUUUCAGACAGAAAAGUCAUGUUCGCAGACAUAUGGCAGCUCACGCAGGAGGGAGACAGUUUGUUCAAUAUAUGGUACCAGAUUUACUCAUGAGUCAACAGUAUGCUGUCCAUGAUAGGUCAUUCUUUAUGCCUUAUGGGGGACAUGGCUCCUCCAAUGUAUGAAAGAGAGGCUUGUCCUUCAUCAAUACAAGUCACAAUUCACUGAAGUAUAAAAUGCAUUCAAAUGGUUUCCAGCUACUGGUUUAUUCCAGUAAACAAAUUUAGAGAUUUGACAAACUGAGUCAUUGGUGAUGCCAUCCGCUGGUGAGUUUGUGUCUGGUCAGUUCACUCUGCUGCUGUCUUUACCUGUGACCUUCUGGAACAGUUUUGUCUCUACAAAUGUUUGAUCUAAAAUGUGUUUAAAGGGAUGGCUGGGCUGGGAAACUGGGUAUUAAACUGCUUAUUAUUGGCUUCUUUACAAUGGUAACUCUGGAGGCCUGCAUGAGGCAGCAGUGUGGACUGUGGAGUUCUGCUGAAAAGUUGAGGUGUGGACUGAAAUAGUGUGUCUAAGUGGAUCCAUCCUCACUGUUGGCUUCUUGGUUAUUCAUCGAAUAGGCUUUCACCAUGUGACCAUUACCCCAAAAUCUGCUCCUCAGGGGUAGCCUAAUUCCUACCAUUUGGUUUUAGGUAUCGGUGAUUAUCAAAUAGCACCUCUUUUGAAGUGCUGUUGAACAGUCUAGCCCAUCCAUAUAGGAAAAUUCAGGCGCGUUCUCUAGACUACAGUUUGCAAUAACAGUGAUUUACAGAAGUCUUUGUCUAAAUUUAUAGUAGUACUUGUCAUAAAGUUUAACAAUUUAGAUACAGUCUACAUUUGCAAUAGAGAGCUGGACUGUUGUGGCAAACUGUAUGCUAGUCUAAAGUGGUUGACCAGUGAAAAGUGUCUUAUGUGGUAAGAGAGCAGCAGCCAACUAAUGCAGAAUCCUUCUCAUCCUCAUUAUCAUCAUAUUCUGCUGCACCAAGAGAGACUUGAUUAGUGCUGGGCGGUCUUGCUAUAGUAGAAGAUAAUUUUAAUUCAUCUUUAUUCAUCAUACAUUCUACAUUUCAGAGGGAUCACACAGAUUCUGUCAUGAAAAUUACAUGUAAUAGUGGUGUCCCACACUAACAUUCAAAAAAUGGUCAGUUUUUCAGUGUAAUUUCAAUACUUUACAGAGAGCAUUGCACAUGUAAUAACCUAAGGAUUUGUAGCAUCACUGUUGCUAGAACAAGCCUUUCAGCUAAUGAGUCUUAGUACAUUUGUAACAAUACUUAAGCAUCGGUCUGCACUAAAGUGUUUUGGGUUUAGUCCACAUUAACUUUUGCAUAAUGUGUUGUUUUCCUGAUGUUGAAGAAAUAAUGAAGACUCACCACCAUUAGUCCAUCAACUGCAGCCUUGGCUUUGAACUCUGAUGUGCAGUGAGUCUGGUUUACACAGAUGUUUUAAAGGAGUGUAAAGGUUUUUUUUUGACUAUUUCCUGUAGAUAUGAUCAGUAUUGUAAUGAUGUUAGACAAACAUGCAGAGUUCCUUGACAGAUACAAAAAGACAAAGUCAUCAUACACAGCCUCAGCCUUCAGAAAACAGGCGAAACUAGAAGAAAACUUCUACUUUGACCAAGUUACAACCAAAUUUGGUUGCCUUUUUUUCAGAUGAGGUUAGAAAAAUUUUAUCUCCUUUGGUCAGAUCAACCAACCCUGAUCAUCAAGUACACUCUCUUUCUUCAUCAUGUGGUUUAGGCUGUUUAUCUACAGAACUUCCAGCAUAAAAUGUAUUAUUUGUUUCCUUUGUUAUUGUAAUUGCUGAUCUUUUGACUUUUGAUGAGAUUUUGCUCACUAAUUUUGGUUUUCAAUUGCCGUUUUAUCCUGUAAAUAAUGACUGUCUGGUUCAUCUAUUCAUAAAAUAAACAAAUAACCCAAUUGGAGCAACA